UCAGCGCACGGGCCGAGGGCGCGUGGGGUCUUCCCGCAGCCACAGGUGCCGGGGAGGUCGCGCCAUGGCCACCCUCAGGCCUGUCACCCACGUCAUCUUCGACAUGGACGGGCUGCUCCUGGACACCGAAUCCCUCCAGACCCAAGUGUAUCAGGAAAUCUGCAAGAGCCACGGGAAGUUGUUCAGCUGGAUGGUCAAGUCAAAGGUGAUGGGGUCCCGGGCCGCGGACGCGGCGCAGACCAUCAUCGACCUCCUCAAGCUGCCGAUGGCCAAGGAGGAGCUGGUGUUUGAGAGCCAGCAGAGGAUGAGCGACCUGUGCCCCCAAAUCCAGAUGAUGCCCGGGGCCGAGAAUCUGGUCCGCCACCUGCACCAGCACCACAUCCCCGUGGCCGUGGCCACCAGCUCGGGCGCCGAGUCCUUCGACAGGAAGACUGUCAGCCACAAGGAGUUAUUUGGCUUGUUUCACCACAUUGUGGUGGGAGAUGACCCCGAGGUCCAGCAAGGCAAGCCAGCCCCGGACAUUUUUCUCAUCUGUGCCAAGAGAUUCUCUCCCCCUGCCGCCCCAGAAAACUGCCUGGUUCUGGAAGAUUCUCCCAAUGGAGUGGAGGCAGCCCUGGCAGCUGGGAUGCAGGUCAUCAUGGUUGCGGAUGCGAACUUGGACCCAGAAUUGACCAAAAAGGCCACGCUGGUGCUGAGCUCGCUCCAGGACAUCCAGCCGGAGCUGCUUGGUCUGCCCGCCUUCCAGUGAGGCCUGGA